CAUUUUAUUGAUUGACUCAGUGGUAGAAUAGCAUUGUAGUUGUAUUUCCCCAUGUAGAUACCAGGCAUCACGUCAUAUUUCCAGCAUCCACCAGCGAGAUAGAUCACGUCCGGAGAUCUGUCUGUACACCAAGAUACACUUUUAAUCAACCUUCAGGUGUGCACAGACCCAGGGAAGCAUGGCGACUGUAUUCUUACUGACGUGUCUAGCAGCACUCUUCGGCCUUUCCUCGAGUGUAGUCCUUAGCUGUCCCGGAAGUUGUGAUUGCGAUCUAACGAACGGUAAAGUCGAAAAUUGUUCCGGAGUAACAGACUUUCCGGAAAAAUUCCCGAACGCGUCCUUGAUAAAAACAUUAUGUAUAAUAGGAAACAAUCUGACUAGUCUCACUACAAGACUAUAUAUCUUUAAGAAUCUUGAAACUCUGCAAAUUACUAGUAGCGGUGUUGAAAUGGUAGACAAUGAUACUUUUCAAGGAAUGGACAAAUUAAAGUGGAUUAUGAUGAACAAGAAUUUGUUCGAGUUCGUAAGACCCGGGACCUUUGUUGACCUACCAGUGCUAACCACAUUAGAACUGCCAAACAACAAUAUAUCCACGUUGGACGCCCAUACAUUCUGGAAUAUGACUAAUCUUAAAAUACUAGAUCUGUCGUAUAACAAGAUAACUGUCAUAUAUUCUGACAGCUUUGGACGUCUUCCCAACGUAACAGUUCUGGACCUAGGACACAACCAAUUGGCAACAGUGCCGAAGAGAAUUCUACAAAACUUUCCGAGGUUAUACGCACUCACUCUUUCCGGAAAUCGUAUCAAGACCGUGAACGCGUACGAUUUUACCCACUGCCUAACCCUCAGGUCAUUGUAUUUAUCGGAUAAUCAAAUUUCGAUAUUAAGCGACAAAGCAUUUGUUGUUAACGAAACCGGAGGCAACCAAUCCUUGAAGAUCAACUUCAUCUUUUUAGGAGACAAUAAGUUGACCGAGUUCCCACCGUUAAACAACUUAAAUCGCCUGCAUGGUAUUGUUUUAAGUGGCAAUAUGAUUGACUCUAUUCCCUCCGACGCAAUGAUCGGAUUUCCAGGUCUUCUUCAAUUUAGGAUGUCUUAUAAUCUCAACCUGACAGAUAUACAACCAGGUGCUUUCCGAAUGUUAAAAUUGCUCAAAACAAUACAUAUGAAUGGUAACAAAGGCUUGCAAAGUCUCCCGGAUGGUUUAUUCCAAAACCAGAAACAAUUACAUACACUAUUUCUAGGCAACUGUAACCUUACAACUUUCCCGGAAAGUCUUGGGAACUGGGACCACUUGAAAGUGUUAAACCUAAUAAACAAUCCGCUCCACUGUGACUGCGCGCUGAAAUGGCUUUCAAAGCCGCAUGCUUGGAAUCAGCCUGCGAACCAAAACGUAAUAUCGCAGCUGAUGUGCGCAAGUCCGCCAGAGUUUAAACAUAAGAGUGUGUGGGAUCUUAAUGACGAUACUUUACCUUGUGUUGACCACACGGAAGUGUCCAAUAGGAUCACGAACGGUAUUAUAUUCGCAAUUGUCGCGAUAGUGUUGAUUGCGAUUGUUGCUAUCAUCCUCCGGUUCCGCCGCACAAUGGUUUUGCGGUGGAGGUACUACCGUUACGCACGCCAGACAGAUGACGUUCCCUUUACUGUGGACAACGAGUACAGCGACUACCCGUCGGGAGACCGGAAGCUGAGGAUGAGCGACCUUGAAAGGGACAUGUGACCGGGAAUGUUGUCUUAGCUACGUAUUAAAUUGGCAUGAAAUUGUACUGGUAACCCGUCGGGGUUCAACAUUCUGGUAUUGGAAAUUAUGAAUAAUUUUAUUCUUAACCCUAUAAUAAAUCUAACUGAUUUAUUACACAACACUACAGACAACAGCAAGGUAUAAUAAACCUUUAAAAAGAUCAAAACCACAUAUAAAGUUAACAAAGAAAAUCUCAUAGUCUAGCGAAGAAAACUUGGCUAUUUGUAAAUUAUUAUGAGCCCUGAUAACAACUUGUAGGGUUGAUACUUUUUUUUGUAAAUAUAUUAUUCCUGCUAAGUAUGGUAAAACCAGCUUAACAAAAAAAGAAGGGAUAUAUUAUAAUGCAUGCAUGACCCAGUAAUGUACGUUAUCCAAAUCUGACUGAAUAGCCAGACGAGAACAGUGUGAUUGGUAUUUAUACUAGCAACACGUACAAUAUACCACAGAGAAACCUCAUAACUCCAGGGGUUACUUCAUGUUCUGUUAGGAGAUGGUUAGAGAGCGUGACUCCUAGAGGUCCGAGGCUGACCAUAGUAGGAUACCUUACAUUAUCAGAUCAAUGAUGCAUUUCACUGUCCGUAUACCAGUGACCUUUACCAAUUUAAACAGGAAAACUAGGCAGCAAAUAGCGCUUUUAGACUGUCGGCAAAUUACAAGCAGUGGACAUUUUUAGUUGGGUGAAUUUUAAAUCAGACACAAAGUGCACUUAGAAAUCAGUGCAGCUAGUUUAUCAGUGGUAUUUAGGCCAUACCGAUGUGUAUACUAUACAUUGGAACUACAUUACAGCCAUCAGCAAGCACCUCUAUUCAUGUGCGUUAUAAUGAGAAUAUUGUCAUCGGAGGAACUAUUGCUUAUCGUUAUAUUCAUUUGAUAAAGACUGAGACAAAACUCCCACCAUUUACUAUAUUCCAAUACAUCAUUUGUGUGUUAUUUCAGUAUAGAUAGUUGACGAAAUGUGUCCCUGUAAGGAAACUGGUAUCGAUAACAGCACCUUUUUCAUCACGAGUGCUAUGUUUCGAAAUGAUGUAUGUCUAAUGGAUAUUUCAGUCCAUUCUGCUAUCUUGCUAUCGAGCGUUUUGCUAAAGCCUUGCUAAUCUUCUCGGAAUCUACUUAUUUUUUGCAUUAACACUAGCUAUCGACUCACAAACAGUGAGCUGAUGUCGUCUAUUACAGUGGUGUAGACGUAAACGGUAUUAAUAGCAUUUUUUCUGUUCUAAGGCGUCAGUUGCAUAUUCGAUGAUGUUAAACCAUUGUAAACAAGCAACAUAAAUCACACAUUUUGAUUAACAACUGUUUUAUUGAAUACGCUAAAAUUAAGUCAUUAAGCAAGGCUGACUUUUAACUUGAGUUUGUAGCUUAUGGCAUUAUUGAAAUAAUAGACAUAUAUCAGAUCUGUAAAGGUUAUAUACUCAGAAAUUUUAGUAAAAUAAAGACAUGCAAGUGUGUACUUUUUAAAACCCAAAUACGCUGAUCUCUUACGAAAGAACAUUAAUAUAAUUUUUCUUUUAUUCUCCAGGCUACGCAUUCUAACAUUAACCAAGUAUGACAUUUGUAUAAAAAAGCAUCCAUGUUCCAGAACCAAUCUACUAUAGAUGUGUGUUUACUUGUAUAUGGUUCCAGAACCAAUCUACUAUAGAUGUGUGUUUACUUGUAUGUGGUUCCAGAACAAAUCUACUAUAGAUGUGUGUUUACUUGUAUGUGGUUCCUGACCCAAUCUACUAUAGAUGUGUGUUUACUUGUAUGUGGUUCCUGAACCAAUCUACUAUAGAUGUGUGUUUACUUGUAUGUGGUUCCAGAACCAAUCUACUAUAGAUGUGUGUUUACCUGUAUGUGGUUUGAUUGUCGCCCCUUCGCCGUUGGUAUGUGCUAAAAGGAUAGUUUACUUUUUAUUUUAUGAACGACACCUACAGUCACCAUUGAGAUGGUCUAGUAUGUCUUGCUCAGCUUUGAAAGACAAAAAUACAUAAACUACACAAUUUUUAUUUUUCGCUCUAUAUUAUUCGAUGUUUUAAUUACAGAAGUUUACAACCUUCUCUAGUAUAUGUUAUGUUAGCUUUGUUGUGGUGACAAUAAUGAUCGACGCAAAAGUUCAAAAUGCUAGUUUUUAAAAAAAUGUCUGACAAUUUGUAAAUAUAUUACUAUAUUUUAUCUUCGAACGAUAAUUUUUAAUUCGUACUCAUGUCGUUUGACUUUUGAAUUUUAAUAUAUUUUUACAAAUUCACUUGUAUACAAGAUAGCCGUAAGUAUAAUCAGGCCUUUAGCAAUUGAAUUCUUUGUAAAUAUUUCAAUCUACGCAAUUUGUUAUUUCACAAGGAAUACCUGUUGUUUAACAGGGAAUGCCGAAAGGAGUUUUACACUUGCUGCUAGUAACGUUUCUUUUUACUACACAGCCUUCAGAGAUUUCCUUUACUGAUAACCAUGUAAAGAUUUCCUUUACUACACCACCAUUAGAUAUUUCCUUUAAGUUCGUCCAUUAGAGUGUUCCUUUACUGAUAACCAGUAGAGGUGUCCUUUACCUGUGGCCAGUAGAUGUUUUAUUUACUACACAGCCGUUAGAAUUUCCUUUAAUUAUCACCAGUAGAAGUUUCCUGUACUUAUGACCAGUACAUGUUUCCUUUAAUUUUGACCAUUAGAGGUUUCCUUUAUCAGUAGAGGUAUCAAACCCCCAUGGCCUAUAGUGUCUCCUUCACUUAUGACCAGUAGAGAUUUCCUUUACUUUGUACCAUCAAGAGGACAACUUUGCUUAUGAUAAAAGGAGGUUUCCUUUACUUACGACAAGUACAGGUUUCUUUCACGUUCAGCCAGUAGCGGUUUCCGUUUAGUGAUUGUCUACACAAUAAUGUAAUUUUGUACCAUUUUAAGAAAAGAUAACAUGUCUUUCAUUAAUCAGUUUGCCAGUGCGGAUUUGUUUGCAUCAUUAGUAUUUCAAACGUGAUUCAUUAGGCACUGCACUUUUACUACAUACCAUAUCGCCUUUUAGCAAGUUUUUAUGACGUUUCAAUAUCGUUUUUGAUGUGUUCGUACUAUUUUUGUGGAAAAUACAUUCCCCGUAUAAUUUAGUUUGUUUUGUACGCGUUUGAUCAAUAAUUGUAAAAAUAUCUUUAUCUUCCACAGGAUUAAUUGUGAUUAAGUUUUUAUUAUUCCGAUAUUGAUGAGCAACUCUUAUAUAUAUCAUAUCAUAUAUAGUGGUUGAAAUAUAAAACGUAUUGUAGAUAAUACCACUUCUUCUAUAUAUAUAUAACUAUGUAGGAGGAUAUAUCGAUGUAUGAGAUUUCUUCCAUGAUUGAACCAAUGUUGUUGGUAGGAGUCGCUACAUAUUUAGUUAAAUGAACUGUACAGGUAUAGCAUGUAUUUGAUGUUUUGUUGGUAUAUUUACGUUGCCAUCUAUGAAAUUGUUUGAACAACUUUUACCAUGUGUAUAUUACUAAUGUAUUAAUAAUCCUCUAUGUAAAUGUGUAUAUGUAUACUUUCAUUCCACGUGUGACGGGAUUUUAAAUAGACAGAUUUGUUUACCACUCGUGUGCAAACUUGAGCCUGUUACUGUACGCGGUGUUCUGUAAUAAAGUUUAGGUAUAAAAUAGUCGUACAGAUUGCAGACACUAUAAAUGCUACGUUCGAGUAGAUCAGGCGGAUGAUUAUUACAACAAUCAAUUUUAUAUAACCAAUCGGUUAAGAUUUUUACGAGAUUUGUUUCACCUUGUUUAGUUUCGAAUCUCAUGUUAUUUGAUAGUCAUAAUAAUAGUGAGUUUUAUGUACAUUGUAUUUUAUAACAACAUUGGAACAAAUUUUAUCAGCUUACAGCAUUCACUCUUUUUUGCCCUAAAGGCAGCACAAAGGGGUCUUAAAUGAUAACAGUAUAUUCCCGAUAUUAAACGAAGUGGUAGUUCCAUUAUAAACUAAUUUAAUUAUAAAUAAUAUUCCAGCAUAUUGCUGUUUUGAUUGAGAUGAGUUUUAAACACGUUAAUGACACUAUACACAGAAGAUCUCAGACGAGGCCUUAUUAUGUAGUGAUGAAAUUGGAACGAGUGUGUAAUCCUCUUCAUCAUUAACCCAACCACAACCUGCACCAAUUUUGCCUUAAAAUUAUGAGGUCAUCCUUUGGUUCUGUGUGACGUCACAGUGGGUGAUAUAACGGACAUUUGUUUGAUGGCAUUACCUGUUUAACGUUGCGGUUAGUAGUAAAAUCAAUGUCAUUUUCACCGAUAAAGGAGGCCGUUUUUCACUUUCGUGCUUGUACUUUAUCUAAUUAAAGUUCAAUAACCGGUAAGUCUUGUUAAAUCGUUAAUUCUUAUUUCUCUUUCAAUUUUUGUAAAUAGGAACUUAGAAGAUCGAGUAGAACACCCAAUAACUAACGUUUCCGCCCGUAAUUUUGUACAAAAAGUACACUCAAGCUCAGAUUUUACUUGUAUUACUGUCAAUUCUAUGUUAUGAAUUUAGUUUCAUGGUCGAUCAUUUCUGACUUGAAGUGAAAGUGAUACUUAACAUUUUUCAUUGAUCACAAAUAUCCUGUUAUACACCGUUUAUCGUAGUAGAUGUACGUUAUGUUCCUGUUUUCGUUUUACUUUUCUGUGAAAAGGUGUUAUAAGGACGCUGUUCCGUGUGUGAACAAUUAGCCCUCUUGUGUCGUUUGGACGUAGUGUGAUCAUAACGGUAAAGGACAAUUUAUGGAUAGGGGUUGGAAAAAAUCUAACCACACAAUGUAUGUAUAGUGCGGUAAAGGAGGCACAGUAGUGUAGUGAUAGGUUGCUGGACUCACUACCGAAGGGUUGCGGGUUCGAGUCACAACACGGCACUGUGUUGUAUCUUUGAGAAAGAUACUUUACCCCGCUUGUCCCAGUCUACUAAGCUGUUAAUGAGUACGUGGUUGGGCAAUGCUAGAAUUGUUGAAUGCUACCGGUAAGCGCCGAAAUGGCAGCACCUGCUG